GGAAGAUGUGGCGGAAUAUUCAAUCCGACACCCGACAUCAUUCGUGACACAUGAGUUCAAAUCUGGUAAAUCCAUAGAUUCCCCAUCUAUUUUUGGCUUUACCCACAGCUCUUCCACUUCGGGAUUUACCCAUACUCUUCAAUCUAUAUUCUCAUCUCUGUCAAUCAAGAAGUAUAUUAUCUGCAGACCCAAGAAAGCGAGUUCUUUGGUAGGACCGGGACAAAUUGGUGUUGCCUAGUAGCUGGGGUUGUGAUAUAACUGCUUGGAGCCGAGCUGAGAAGCUUCUGAGUCUCGAAUUCCGAAGAAUACAGGACUCUGAACCAUCAAGAUGUUUUCAAAUUUCUUUCCUGGGAUCUUAGUGGUACUCACCACAGUACUGGGCGUCACAGCGCAAAAUGUCAGCGGCGUGGUUCUUCGAGGAGUCUCACAUGGUGGUCAAGCAUGUCCGCAGGGGAGCACGGAUUUCACACUGAGUGUUGACAAAAAAAGGUAUUUCUCACCAUAUCCCCCCUCUCUAUUCUCGUUUUACCUCAAACUUACGAGAAUCUAUCAGCAUCACGGCAAAGUACACAGCUUUCACGUUGUCCAGCACGAACUCGUAUUUCCAACGCAAGAACUGCCAGAUAAACGUCGAUAUUGCGUAUCCGGCUGGUCUUCAGUAUGCCGUUUCUGACACCACCUUUUCGGAUUCGGUGAACUUUGAGAAGGGGGCUAGUGCACAACAUAGGAUACUGUAUUAUUUCUCCGGGAGUGAGUUGACUUCUCUUUUGCUUCCAAGGCUCCGCUCGUUCAGAGUGGACCCGUCCUUUUCACGGCAUCAAGAUUAACCAAAGAUGUCAGGUCCCGAUCAAACCUCCCUUCAACAUUCUUACAACGGACCUCUACAUGGGGAGUUCAGUAAUACAGAGGUCUCAGCGACCGGUGAUCAGAUAUGGUCGCCAUGUGGGGGCAGCUUGCCUUUGAAUAUCAAUAAUGCUGUUGUAUUGAGGGGGUCAGGACCGGGAAAGAUUGAUGUGAGAAGUGUGAGUAGUGGGCUCGUUUGGAGGAUUUGCUAG